AUGGAGAAUAAUUUGAGCCGUAGUGGCAGCCGAUCGAGCUCCGUAUGUGAGCUGGAAAAGGACUUUAGCGACAUGGAAAUUAUGAAAACUAGGACGAACCGACGUAACGUACUGCUCCGAACGCCAGCCGCGCGGAAAGCAAAACGAGUCAGAUUUUUUAGAAAUGGUGAUAAAUUUUAUUCAGGUGUCAUAAUUCCAGUCUUGCCAGAAAGAUACAGGUCCUUUGAUAGUCUUACUGCAGAUCUAACAAGAGUUUUAGUUGACAAUGUAACUUUGCCAAGUGGUGUCAGAGCAAUAUAUUCACUUGAGGGUAGAAAAAUAGGCAAACUGGAUGAUCUAGAAGAUGGGCAAUCAUAUGUCUGUAGUGGAUUUGGUGAACCCUUCAAACGUCUAGAUUAUGAAGCCAGUGCAGUGACCCCUCAAUCUUUCAGACUAAGUGGCCCUGAGUCUUUGAGUGAUAGCUCAAGUCCAUCCCCAGCUAGAGCUAAUAACAGACUGUCCCGAUAUUUGCAGGCAAAUGGUAGUAGCACUACUGGCAACGGGACAGCGAGAGUAAGCCCUGCUGGAGACAAUGUUGUCAGACCACGCAUAGUUACUAUUAUACGUAAUGGAGUUAAACCACGGAAGGUGUGCAGAUUGUUACUAAACAAACGCAACAGCCCCACACUGGAACAUGCACUUGCCGCUAUAACAGAAUGUGUUAAACUAGACACAGGUUGUGUCCGUAAAGUGUUCACAAGAACUGGAUCUGUAGUCACAGCACUGAACCAAUUCUUUGAAGUUGAAGAUGUGUUCUUUGCUUAUGGAAAUGAAAGGGUCAACCAAGAGGAUUUUGAAUUGGAAUUUGAAGAAAAUAAGGCUGUGCUACAAUGUAGAAAAACUCCUAUAUCAAGAAAUUCAAGGACUGGCCCAAAACCGCGUAUGCCUGUGAAAGCGGGUGGUGGCGCUGCUCGAGCGGCCAGUGAGGCAGGAGCAGGCGCAACCGGCGAUGUCUCUGACGAGUCCACAGCCCCCUUACUACCACAACCUCUAAGACUCAAGUACAGCGUCGGCAGAAUCAUAGGUGACGGCAACUUCGCUGUUGUACGGAUAUGUAAAGACAAGACCACUGGGAAGGAAUAUGCCCUCAAAGUUAUUGAUAAGGCCAAGUGCAAAGGCAAGGAACACUAUGUGGAGGCUGAGGUUCGAGUCAUGAGGAAGCUGUGUCAUCCACGAAUUGUAUCUCUAAUCGAAGAACAGGAUAGUCCUGAGUGGCUAUUCCUUGUAAUGGAAUUAGUCAGUGGUGGAGACUUGUUUGAUAGUAUCGCGGCCGCUUCCAAAUUCUCUGAGCCCCAAGCGCGUUUGCUAAUCGGCCACUUAACAUCUGCUAUCGCAUAUCUACACUCGCUUUCUAUAGUGCAUCGUGACAUCAAACCCGAAAAUCUAUUGGUGGAAGUGGGUUUGGAUGGCAGCAUACGCGGCCUGAAGCUGGCUGACUUUGGUCUGGCCGUAGAAGUAUGGCGACCACUUCACGCCGUUUGUGGCACUCCUACAUACGUAGCACCUGAAAUACUACUGGAGACUGGAUAUGGACUAAAGAUUGAUGUUUGGGCGGCUGGCGUGAUUUUAUACAUAUUGCUAUGUGGAUUCCCGCCUUUCUCGUCUCCUGACGGUGAUCAAGAGAAAUUGUUCGAUGCGAUAUUGUCGGCUCGGCUAGAGUUCCCUGCCCCGCACUGGGAGCGCGUGUCCGCGGGAGCCAUCGACCUGGUCGCUAACAUGUUGCGUCCACAGCCAGAGCUGCGCUUUGCUGCUGAGGACGUACUCGACCACGCCUGGAUGGCGGACGAUUAUGACGAAAGCUGCGACUUCCGCACGUGGUACGAUGAAGACUCUUCAUAG